AUGCUCCAAACCAAUCACAAACCGCCCCAUCUCCGUCGCCUUGACAAUGGCAACAUUCAAUUGAUAGUCAAAGGAAGAGCCUUCCUCAUGCUCCCUGGAGAACUGCACAAUUCUUCUCUUAGUUCCUCUCGCUACAUGGAGACCGUCUGGCCCGCCAUGAAAGCUCGGGGUGUGAAUACACUCCUCGGAUCCGUGACUUGGGAAAUGAUUGAGCCAGAAGAGGGAAAGUUCGAUUUUUCUGAACUUGACCGCGUACUCGCUGGAGCACGAAGGAACAGCAUGCAUGUUGUGCUAUUGUGGUUUGGCACGUACAAAAACGGGAUCUCCACUUAUGUGCCGGGAUGGGUGAAACGCGAUACCAAGCGAUUCCCUCGAGUUCAGAUUCUCGAGGCUGGGGGGAGGAGACGGUCUAUUGAGAUGGUGACGCCUCUUUGUAAUGAAGCUUGUGAGGCCGAUGUAAGAGCAUUCGCUGCUUUGAUGAGACACCUUGCGACAGUUGAUUCGGAACAUAGCACAGUCUUGAUGGUCCAGGUUCAGAAUGAGACUGGGUUAUUGGGUGACUCACGAGAUCGUUCACGGAGAGCCGAGAAGGCGUUUGUAGAGCCUGUUCCCACCGAGCUACUGGCUCAUUUGAGAAAUACGGAUCUCCACUCGCAGUUCAAAAAGCGCUUCUCUCUGCCACCGUCUUCUGAGUCUCUUUCUUGGUGCUCUGUCUUUGGCUCAGGUGUGACUGCUGACGAGGCCUUCAUGGCCUAUCACAUUUCAUCUUAUGUGGGACGGGUUGCCGCUGCUGGAAAGAAGGAAUAUCCAAUUCCACUGUUCACAAACACAUGGCUGAAUUUCGAUGAUCCAUCUCAGCUCGAUAUGAAGGGAGUUCCAAUCGUUGUGGGUGGGGGUGCUGAACCAGGAAUCUACCCAUCGGGUGGCCCUUGUCCGCAUCUUCUUGACAUAUGGCGCUACAAUACCCCCGAUCUGGACUUCCUCGCGCCGGACCUGUAUCUCCACGACUAUGAAACCGUUUGUCAAGCAUACACUGAACAGCAAAACGCGCUCUUCAUCCCGGAGCAGCGACGCGACGAGAGAGGAGCCCGGAGGAUGUGGCUCGCUUAUGGCACGUACGGCGCACUCGGUACGAGUCCCUUUGGCAUUGAUACUGGUGCUGAGAUUGUGGGGCGUGAGUUUCAACUCCUGGCUCAGGUAUCACCUUACCUCUUGAGUGCGGCACCAAGCGACCGAAUGGGCUUUUUCUUCGACGAAGAGCCGUCCGAGAAGCUUCCCGAGCGCUGGACUCGCGUCUUCGGAGAUAUCAAGGUUAUUGUUGAGCGGGCAUUUGUCUUUGGCAAGCGUGGUACUGGCGCUGGACUUGUUAUUCACUUGGGAGAUUCGAGGUUUCUCCUGGUCGGACGAGGUUUCCAGGUGAGAUUUGAGGCAGUAUCGAAAGAAGCUACUUUUUGCGGUAUACUCCGAGCGGUUGAAAAGGAAGUUGAUAGUCAGGGGCAGCUUCAAACGCUCCGAACUUUGAACGGGGAUGAGACUAGGAGUGGAGAAUUCUUGAUUAUGCCCAAUGAUGAACCUGAUUAUGGGGGCUUUCCUAUUGCGGUCACGAUUCCGGCAAGAACAUUCAUCGCUGAAGUCGAGGCUUAUUGGGUGUCUAAAGGGGAAGAAGACCUAUGA